AUGGGCGCAUUCGUGCCUCGCCGAAUGUACCCUCACCUCGGGUCGAUACCUAGAUCCUACUACCUAGGCCACCAUGCGGCCGGGUUGUCGAAGAUGAAAUCGAUGAUCUCGCAAAUCGAUCUUGUUAUCGAGUGCCGAGACUAUCGUACGCCUCUUGUAUCCCGUAAUCCGUUGUUCGAAGCCAACCUCGGCGAGCGACCACGCCUGAUAGUGUACACCAAGCAAGAUCUGGGGAGUAAUUUCACAAGUGAGGACAAGCAGAGGGAAAAGAUCAUCAAGAAAUGGGAUGCUCCAUCCACCUCGUUCUUCGCAGAUGUGAAAUCCCGGGUUGCCAUCAACCGAGUCCUUGACUUUGCCCGGGCGCACGCGAAUGCCUCGACCUCCCUCUUCGGCACCCGGCUCAUGGUUGUGGGCAUGCCUAAUGUCGGAAAGUCGUCCCUUCUCAACGCUUUGCGGAAUGUCAGCUUGGGCAAGAGGAAGGCUGCAAGGACCGGUGACCAACCCGGAGUAACCAGGAAGAUCGGCAGUGAUGUCAAAAUAUUGGAGGCGGAAGACGGCAGAGAAGCCGUAUACGUUCUGGACACUCCUGGUGUCUUCGUUCCUUACGUUCCCGAUGCCGAGAGCAUGCUGAAACUCGCUCUUUGCGGAAAUGUCAAAGACACGAUUAUCCCACCGACGACCAUCGCCGAUUAUCUUUUGUACCACCUCAAUCUUCGAGAUCCAGCCUUGUACAGCAUGUUUUCCGAGCCAACAAACGAUAUUUUCGUUGUCCUGGAGGGCCUUGCGCGGAAACAGGGUCGUCUGAAGAAGGGUGGGGUACCAGAUUUUGAAUCUGCGGCUCUGCAGUUUGUGCAGAAAUGGAGAAGUGGGCAGAUGGGCAAAUUCGUGUUGGACGAUGUGACUGAAGAGGCGCUGGCUGAGCGGAUUCGGCAACUCGAGUUCCUGGGAGGGAGCAUGAAUCAAGCUCGCAAAGCUGCGAAACAACAGAAGAAGGAUGCCUACCUGGAAGCAGACUGA